CACUCCCUCAUGUUUGGACCUUUUUCUCCUCGUAGAUGUUUUCAUGUUUAAUUCAUAGUCAUGGUUAUUUCAGAGCUCUGACUCUCCGUCUGUUCAGGACAGGAACUACAGUCGAACCCUGGGUCACGGUAAACUCAGCUCUCUGAGUUCUCGUCAUGUCUGCUCCUCGCGGCCGCUCCUGAUCCUCGCGGCUGCUCCUCGCGGCCCGUCGCUGCCUCGGUUGCCAUGGCGCUCGGCUGCAGUUUCCCGGAUGUCGUAUUUCUCCCACUGUUCAACAUGGCGUCGGGAAAGUAAGACUUGAGCUAAUGUUCGUCAGUUAGUCCAGAGUUCGCCGGAGUCUGCUGAGUUUGGACCGGGGGAAAGUUCGUUUCCAGCCCGCGGUGACAGCAGGAGAACUUUUCCCGGGGAGUUCGGAGGUGAGUGGGCUCGUUUACUCCCGAGAAUCCGAGUUUUAGCGGGCUGUGGCGCCUCUCUGAUCCCGGGUCGGAUGCUAGCUGAAGCUAACGUUAGCGGCUUUCAGGACCGACCAGUCCGGGUCAGAACCGGACCAGGAGAACCUCCCUGAAACCGUCUGUGUGCCUCUGAGGGGACGGUAUCCUCACCGGGAAGGGGAUUGGUUCUGGUUCCGACGUGUUUCCACGGUCCAAGUGUCACUUUAGAAAGUUGAUCAACAGUUUAGAGUCUCAGCUCCGGAACCAGAACUCAGCCCACUCCAUGGUGGAUCCGGUUCCUGUUAAGACCCCCUGAGCUUUGAGCUAAAUCCAGGAGACAGUCUGGACCUGAAAACAGGAGAUUUAGUUUUUGUAUGAGGAGAAUCUUUAUUUCUCUGUCGGGGAUGUUAAUGUGGAUAAACCCACGCGUGGGUCUGAGACACGGAGAAACUCCCUGUUUGACCUGUGUGUGUGUGUGUGUGUGUGUGUGUGUGUGCAUGUGUGUGUGUGUGUGUGUGUGUGUGUGUGCGUGUGUUAUGAACAUGAGUUCAUCAUCUGAAUAUUUUUGAUGCUGAUAUCACUGUUAUCAAAGGGAUUAGAUUUGUACGGUGGCCGAGAACAGCCAGUGCUGCAAACAAUAAAGAAGCCACAAUGGAAGUUACUGAUGCAAAAAAAAAGAAAGAAAAGAAAGUAAAGCAGCUGCACAUAAUAAAAAACACGGUGCAGAUUUAAAAAAAGCCACAGCGAAAAAAAAAGUAACUUACUGCGAAAAUAAAAGGAUGAAAAUAGAAAAAAAGGUUAUUGUUUAAUUUCACUUGGUAAACUUUUUUAUGUGUCAGUUGGUUAGACCAUGUAGAGCCUGAGUCCAUAUGAAGUUAAACUGGAGGAUGCCCCUGUAGAGUUAGCCUCAGCUAACACAGGAAACCCACUACACCCUGAAAGACCCACGAGAGGAGAGUCCAGUUCGGUAGCUUUACUCCGAGAAAUAAGUACACAGACCCCUUACUUUUUUCAUUAGUUGUCCCCAGCAGCUCACUUCAGUUGUGGCCCUAUUUGCAUCCUUUUAUUUACACAGUAACUAACUCUUUUUUUUUUUUACAGUGUUAAUCUCUGUUGUGUCUUUUUUUGUAAAUCUGCACCAUUCUUUUUUAUUUGCAGCAGGCUUUGUUUUUCUUUUUUGCAUUCUUUUUUUUUUUUGCUGCAGUGGCCGUUCUCGGCCACCGUACAUUUAACAUCUGUAACACAGAGAGCUUAAAAUCUCUUUAGAUGUAAAAAACUCUUGUUAUAAAACUAUGAAGUCAACUGUAAGCAGCCGUCCAUCAGUUCCCAUGAAAGCUUCGGCUUCAUUUUGAUGAUCAAACUCACUAAAUUAAAUGUCAGAUUUCACUCAGAGCAGAUUAUUUUUACAGUGUCACAAACACUGAAGGAUUUGAGCUUUUGAUCUGCUUACAUUUUAUCGCAGUUUUAUGGAGAACAGCGCCCUCUGGUGAUGGGCUGCAGUAUAGAUCAUAAACCCCGCCUCCUUAUGGAGCUGUGGACAAACUUUAUAAAUGAAUGACACAGAAUAUAAAUGUUUCUCCCCCCUGGUUGUGAUGUUGACAUGUAGUUACUGUCAGACUGGUUUGUGUUCAAGUCCUCUUUUUUCUGUACAGCUCCAUUUUUAAAAGUUAUUAGGGGGUUCAUGUUUGCUAUGAUUGACACCUGAUACAGCCAAUGGGAGGACAGAGAUUGAGUAGAUCACCGGGGGAUACGCUGUUUGAGCCGAGCGUCAUCUCAGAAAUACAGAGAACUAUUCGGCUUCAAAUUUGUAUAAAGAGAUAAGUUGUCGGUACAUUUGUCUCUGAUUUGUUUCAGCUCUGGACGCGGUCUCUCAGCAGUUCUAAGCUGUGUCUGUGCGUGAUCGUGAUCACUACAGCCUCUCAGAACAAACUCACAGAUACACACACCUGCUCCUCCCCCUGCUCUCCUCUCUCCUCCUCCUGCUCCUCUCCCUGCUCUCCUCUCUCUCCUCUCUCCUCUCCUCUUCCUGUCUCCUCUCUCCUCCACCUGCUCCUCUCCCUGUCUCCUCUCUCCUAACCCUGCUCUCCUCCUGCUCCUCUCCCUGCUCUCCUCUCUCCUCCUCCUGCUCCUCUCCCUGCUCUCCUCUCUCUCCUCCUCCUGCUCCUCUCCCUGCUCUCCUCUCUCUCCUCUCUCCUCUCCUCUCCCUGCUCUCCUCUCUCUCCUCUCCUCUCCUCUUCCUGUCUCCUCUCUCCUAACCCUGCUCUCCUCCUGCUCUCCUCCUGCUCCUCUCCCUGCUCUCCUCUCUCCUCUCCUCUCCCUGCUCUCCUCUCUCUCCUCUCCUCUCCCUGUCUCCUCUCUCCUCCUCCUGCUCCUCUCCCUGUCUCCUCUCUCCUCCUCCUGCUCCUCUCCCUGUCUCCUCUCUCCUAACCCUGCUCUCCUCCUGCUCCUCUCCCUGCUCUCCUCUCUCUCCUCUCUCCUCUCCUCUCCCUGCUCUCCUCUCUCCUCUCCUCUCCUCUUCCUGUCUCCUCUCUCCUAACCCUGCUCUCCUCUCUCCUCCUCCUGCUCUCCUCUCUCCUCUCCUCUCCCUGCUCUCCUCUCUCUCCUCUCUCCUCUCCUCUCCUCUUCCUGUCUCCUCUCUCCUAACCCUGCUCCUUUCCCUGCUCUCCUCUCUCUCCUCCUCCUGCUCCUCCCUGUAGCGUCCUGGUUUUGAGGGGAGUUCUUGGAUCAUGGAUUUGACAUGAUUGUGACUCGGUGAAAAUCUGGUUUUCUUCAAAUGUUUUGAAGUUAAAAAGGUUUUAGAUCUGCAGAUCUGGGUCCCUCUCAGAACCAGGAUCUGGUCUCCACUCCUAGCUGUCUGUAGUUUCUGAUCGUCCGUUUCCGUUUCUCUUUUUUGACGCAGUGAGACAGCAGUACUCCCUCGUACUGGAUCCAAAAGCUCCUGAAGCUUGAGUCUGCUCUGCUGUGACCUGUGCAGUAGAAACAGGAGAACCCGGUGUUCCUCAAAGACCUCUGGUUUUACUGUCACAGGGUCACCAUGGUCUCCAGUUUGGGUCUCACAGGAGUGUCAGAUAGUGAAAUUGUUGAUCCCAGUCCAGCUUUGAUACCUGCUGUGAAAAUCUGUUUUCAAAGGGGUCCACCGCCGUCCGUCUGGACACGCCUCUGCUGUGAAAGUGGGCGGGGUCGUGUUUGUCAGGUCAGACUGAAUCCGAGGUUAUUUUGUGUCUGAGGUUCGAUGUAGUUCGUCUCUCCUCCUCCCUGUGACCCCACUUUGACCUAUAUCCAGGUCAUUUCUCAGUACUCUCUCGUCUACGUUAAACCCUCAGCAGCAGAUCCAUGAGGGCGGAGUCAGUCUGAGAAGAAAAGACUUUUGGCCUCCAGCAGCAGCAGCAGGUUAGUCAUCAAGGUUGUGCGAUUAGUGCCGGACACACCGUACAUUCCUGGGAUGCCAGAGCUGUAUUGAGGGGUCACUCCUCUCUCUCUCUCUCUCUCUCUCUCUCUCUCUCUCUGCUUCCAUCAUAGUCAACCCCCACUGUACAUCAGCAGUGAAAAGUGGGUCAUGGAGGGGCUGAGUGUCAGGUUAGUGAAAUCAUCAUCUCCAGUUCAGAGGUAGAUCAGGACCAUCAUAGAUGUUCUCUCACCGUGGUUGGUACAGCAGUCACAUUAACUCGAACAGAAGAGCGCUCACUGAGACAGAGGUCAUCUAACCGUCGCUCUGUCGUGGAUUAGUCAUUUUAAAGAUUCAGUAAUCUUAAGACGGCAUGUGUGAUGAGAGGUCGGACUUCCUGUUGUCGUGACUCUUUCACUGAAUGAAGCGUUUCCGUACAUCAUCUGUGCAAAGAUCUCAUAAAGACGUCAGCGUCCUUAGAAGUGCUUUAAACUGAACAUGCACCGAUAAAUCGUCCGGCUGAUCGAUCGGCGCCGAUUUCCUCAACCUCAGGGAUCGGUGAUGGGCUGAUCCUUCCACAUUAAACCGAUUUGAUCACAUUUUAUUUAUGACAGGCCCCGCCCACCAGUUAAUUCUGUCCUGUCGAUGAUUAUUUUACAAACUUUCAUGUUCAUGUUUAAAAUGUGGAAAAUCAAAAACUAAAGGAGCGGAUUUAGUUCAGGAGUUUGGACAGAAAUAUUCUCAAAUGUUUGAGAGAAUGAACUUGUGCAGUUAAACACUAAAAGGUUGUACUGUUUGACAGGUAUCGUUGAAUGUUUUUCAUUUAUAGAUAGAUAUACUUUAUUGAUCCCAAACUGUGAAAUUCACAUUAAUUAAGAUCAGAACAUCGAAGGUUUAUGUCGUCAGUUAUCUAAAUAAAGUCGGUAUCAGCAGGUCGAGCUUUUCAAAGAUCGGUGAUCGGUGCAGCCCGACUUUAAACACUGUACGCUGCUCAAUGUUCCUGCAGUUUCUAAUAUUCAAAAUAAAAAAAAACUCUUCACUGUAAAAAAAACAAGAACAUCUGGAACCGCUCAAGUUGAAGACACUCCCACAGUUUUCGCUGUGGGUCCAGGAGAGGGUAUUUGUGGUGGGUCACAGCAGGGGAGGAGGGUCCUAGAGGCAAAGACACUCAGGAACAGAAGAUGCUGUUGACAGACGUGUCCAGCAGGGGGUGGAGCUGUUGGGAGGGUGGGUGUUGACGUUGGUUUGAUGGAGGCUGACCUGAGGGUCCCUCAGACUGAGAUGGAGGUAAACAAACACAGCUGCUGUUUGAGACUCCUACCAGCUUUCACACCGACACACUACGAACCUGAUCAUGUGAUGGUCACAUGAUCAAUUAUCGUGACUGUCCCAGUCAGUGUGGUCGUCUUCCAUCAGAAGGUCCAGAAGGUCCAGAUGAUGGAGGGUCAGCGACAGACAUGUCAGAGAGACAUUUUUCUACGAAUCAGCUGUUUCAUAUAAAGGGGUUGUUUUUGUAGAGAUGGAGGAGGAGGAGGAGGAGGAGGAGGAGGAGGAGGUUAGGCUUUGUGUGUAAGAGAGAGAUUUCAAAGUGAAGAGGAAGAGAGAGAGAGUGUGUGUGUGUGUGUGUGUGUGUGUGUGUGUGUGUGUGUGUGUGUGUGUGUGUGUGUGUGUGUGUGUGAGAUCCUGAUCCAGCAGCAGGCUGAUCCAUAGAAAACUUAUUCAGAGGAAACAUCAGAAAUCCCCGAGUCCACCUGGACACCUGGGGCAGGUGAAGAAGAAGAGUUUGAGAGGAUGAAGAGAGUGUGGUCAUGGUUGGUCUCUCUGUUCUCCUUCCUUCUGUUUUAGAGUUUGUCUGCUCAGUCCUUUAUUUCUGUCUUUACUGCUCAUCUCUUCAUGAACAUCAGAAAUGAUCAGACCAGUGAGGAGGACCACGGCUUUAGUGGAUCAUACCAAACUCAUCAGUGGUCAGAGGAGGAGAUGACUGUGGUCACAGAUGAUCUGAGCUCUGAUGAAGAAGAAGCAGAAAAAAAGCAGCUGCUCCUCCUCCUCUGUGACGGGGAACAGGAGCUUAUUGAGAGGAACGAAAAUCCUCUGUGGAAUGACCGCAGGAGCCAACAUCAACACGGCCGACAGGAACAGAGGCGCCAAAAAAACAACAACAUUCAAUAUCAGAACAAAAGCAUGUUUUUCAGAGCCGACACCGACCUGCUGCUGUCAGGGGCCAAAAGUUUCUUUAAUGUCUUAUUAUCAUCGUGAUUUAUCAGGAUAAAUGUGUGUUUGAAAGGUGAACUUCUCCUCAGACAUCUUCUAAAAUACCUCCAGACCUGCUGACUUGAAUCACCUUAGAUUAACUCCACCAUAGACCUGCUACACCUGCGUCACAGAACUCCACCAUCACUCUCAGGGUCAGUUAGUUAGUUUGUUGGACGUUAUCAGCGGUGCUGGAAAACUGUGACUGACUGUUCAAAUAAAGCGACAUGUUGAUGGUGGAAACAGAGUCGGUUUUAGUCUGAGUGUUUGGAGGCCUGGAUUAUUCUGAGUGUUAAAGUUCCUGGUUUAAGGGAUGACAGUGAGAAUAAUCUCUGCUUUUCUCUCCUCUUCUCCGGUGAGUUUUUGUCCUCCUGACGGUGAGGAGGUCUUUGACUCUGGUGUUUGUGGGUGUGCAGAUGUUUGUCUGAAAAGUCCAGCUCAGACCUGCAGCAGCAGCAGCUCUGCAGGGAUAUUCUGGAGGUUGAACAAACUCUGCUCACACUGCAAAGAUAGUUCUGGACGGUGGCAGCUCUGUUAUCCUCAGUGUGAAUGUGGAAGUAGGAGCUCCGUCAUGCUGCGCCCCCUCCGUCACUGGAAUAGUCCGGAUCGGUGACACAGAGCUGCUGCUGCUGCUGCUGCUGCUGCUGUCCUUUUUGUUCUCCUCAUUAUUAACCCUUGACAUGCUGUUAACCUCUGACCAGGAUCAGAGAAGAGUUUUCUGGAAACCUUCAGAGAACAACAACUUCAUCUGUUUUUGGCACUAAGCUUCACACACUGGGAGGACUUGUUGACACUAGCCUCGGCUCGCACAUGAAUCACACAGAGGCAUCUGUGUUUGUUUUUGAGACGGAGAGAGAGAGAGAGAGAGAGAGAGAGAGAGAGAGAGAGAGACUUUCACCUCUGCAGCCUCUGAAUCAGCUGAUCAGUUUCUGGACGUGGACCACUCUGGAUGUCUGGGCCCUGAUGACGUAGAGCAGCGGUGUGUGUGUGUGUGUGUGUGUGUGGUGCUGAUGAUACAGCUGCUGCUGCUCUGAAUGAUACGUCUGACUGUGUGUUUAUAUGGCGACCAUGACGCCACAGCAGGAAGUGAUGAGGAGCGUGGAGCACAGACUGGUGUUGUGUUUGACAGCCGGUCUGAGAGCUUCAUGAAGGAUGUGGGACAGAUUCAGGAGGAACACUCUGAGCUGUUUCACAGGUCUGAACAUGAGGCCCAGCAGGCUGAGUGUUAUCAUGGUAGUUGGCAGCGAGAACACCAGAUCAUUGAUCCAGAUAAAUGAGGUUAGAUGCUGAGGGUGUGUCCAAACAGAUCUGUCUGAAAAUCUCUGGAUUUCACACUCGAAGCAUCCCUGCCUGUUCAAAACAUGGACUGUAUUUACUCUGGACCACUUGGUUCUUCCUCCCGCCUGAACACGGAUUUGAAGAUGAGAAGUUCUCAGUAUUUCUGAUUUUUCUCCACUUCCUGAAACCAACAUCGCGCAGUAACGUUGUUCACAUUCAGCGGGAGAGUCGGCGAGAGUCUCUGUGAUGACGCUCGGCUCAAACAGCGUAUCCCCCGGUGAUCUACUCAAUCUCUGUCCUCCCAUAGGCUGUAUCAGGUGUCAAUCAUAGCAAACAUGAACCCCCUAAUAACUUUUAAAAAUGGAGCUGUACAGAAAAAAGAGGACUUGAGCACAAACCAGUCUGACAGUAACUACAUGUCAACAUCACAACCAGGGGGGAGAAACAUUUAUAUUCUGUGUCAUUCAUUUAUAAAGUUUGUCCACAGCUCCAUAAGGAGGCGGGGUUUAGGACCUAUACUGCAGCCCGUCACCAGAGGGCGCUGUUCUCGUCCGUUCUAGAUACAGUCUAUGUUAUUAUCAUGAUCUCAGAGAAACCAGACGAGUGCUCCUCUGAGUCUGUCCUCCAACAGUUCAUGAACUUCUCAGAGUCAUCUAUGAGAAGGAGAGUUCACUGACCUCAGAUCUGAUGAUGAUGAUGAUGAUGUCAGUCUUCACCUGCACAGGUAGACCACAGUGAGGUUUACAGAAAACACCGAAAACCAGGAGAGUCCAAAAACAAAACUGAUCCAGGGUCCUGGGCUGAGAGACCGCCCCCCCACCUGUCUGAUGUUGGACCAGGUUCAGCUUUUCUAGACCCGCUCAGUCAUUGGACCUGCUGCUCCCACUGAACCCGUUAACCCCUCAAUGACCUUCUUGCUGUCACCCGCUCACUCUGUGUCAUCGACCAAGACCAAUGUCCUUAAAGAGUCACAACAAGUCCAGAACCUGUCCUCAUUUCAACCUGAAACACUCUGUGAGGAAGACAGUCCAUCAAUGUCAGAGUGAGACAGCCCUAAAGACUGUCCUCAGUCUGUCCUCAGUCUGUCCUCAAUCUGCCCCCUGUCUGUCCUCUGUCUGUCCUCUGUCUGUCCUCAAUCUGUCCUCUGUCUGUCCCCUGUCUGUCCUCAAUCUGUCCUCUGUCUGUCCCCUGUCUGUCCUCAGUCUGUCCCCUGUCUGUCUCCUGUCUGUCCCCUGUCUGUCCUCAGUCUGUCCCCUGUCUGUCUCCUGUCUCUCCUCAGUCUGUCCCCUGUCUGUCCUCAGUCUGUCUCCUGUCUGUCCUCAGUCUGUCUCCUGUCUGUCCCCUGUCUGUCUCCUGUCUGUCCUCAGUCUGUCCCCUGUCUGUCCUCAGUCUGUCCCCUGUCUGUCCUCAGUCUGUCCUCAGUCUGUCCCCUGUCUUUCCUCAGUCUGUCCUCCGUCUGUCCUCAGUCUGUCCCCUGUCUCUCCUCAGUCUCUCCUCAGUCUGUCCUCCGUCGGUCCUCAGUCUGUCCCCUGUCUCUCCUCUGUCUGUCCCCUGUCUCUCCUCAGUCUGUCCCCUGUCUGUCUCCUGUCUCUCCUCAGUCUGUCCUCUGUCUGUCCCCUGUCUGUCCUCAGUCUGUCUCCUGUCUGUCCUCAGUCUGUCCUCUUUCUGUCCCUUGUCUGUCCUCAGUCUGUCCUCAGUCUGUCCCCUGUCUGUCCUCUGUCUGUCCCCUGUCUGUCCCCUGUCUCUCCUCAGUCUGUCCCCUGUCUGUCCCCUGUCUGUCCUCAGUCUGUCCCCUGUCUGUCCCCUGUCUCUCCUCAGUCUGUCCUCAGUCUGUCCCCUGUCUGUCCCCUGUCUGUCCUCUCUGCUCAGUUCAGUGUAAAUAUUCCCUUCAGUCAAAUAUUCUUCUGUCGUCUUCUUCUGUUGACUCACUUCUUGUUCUUCUCGUUUUGUUCUCGUUUCUUCAGCUGUUAUUCAAACUUAUGUGCGGUUAUUAAAGCCCCGCCUCUUCCUCUGACCUUUGACCCCUCUUGACCUUGACCUUGUUCUCUUGUUGAAUGUUGUAUUUUCUGAAGCUCCUGUUCAGACUCAAACUAUCAGCCUGUGUGUGAACGUGUGCAGCAGAAAUAUGCCCCCCCCCCCCCUCGUCUUUAUCAUUGACCUUUCCACAUUCCUCAGCCUGCUCCUGGAAGUCCGCCCUGAUUGGCUGCUACACUGCAUGCUUUGUUUGAAUCCAGCCUCUUGAUUGGCCGGUGGGUGGGUCGGUGUGUUUCUGACGCUGAUCUGUAGAUUCACUCUCACAGGAACGUCAACAGGCCGUUUCAUCGACUCUGACAGCCCCCAGUCUGUUUACAGAUUAUUGAUUAUAAUAUAUAUUAUAGUCUGUUUACAGAUUAUUGAUUAUAAUAUAUAUUAAAGUCUGUUUAUAGAUUAUUGAUUAUAAUAUAUAUUAAAGUCUGUUUAUAGAUUAUAUUAAAGUCUGUUUAUAGGUUAUAGAUAAUAGAUUACAGAUUAUAAUAUAUAUUAAAGUCUGUUUAUAGGUUAUAGAUAAUAGAUUAUAGAUUAUAAUAUAUGUUAAAGUCUGUUUAUAGAUUAUAUUAAAGUCUGUUUAUAGAUUAUUGAUCAUAAUAUAUAUUAAAGUCUGUUUACAGAUUAUUGA